AUGGAUUGUUCCCAAAAAAGGGGGAAAAUUGAUAAUGGUCAUAGAUUACAAUCUAAUAAAGCUACAUAUCAGGACGCUUAUCCUUUACCAAUGAUUGACGACAUCCUGGACCAGCUUGGAAAAGAAAAAUUCUUUUCAGCUCUUGAUCUAUGUGCUGGUUUUCACCAAAUACCAAUGAAAGAGGAAAGUAAAAAGUACACUGCCUUUUCAACACAACUAGGACACUUCGAAUAUAAUCGAAUGCCCUUUGGCUUAAAAAAUGCUCCGGCCACAUUCCAGAGAAUGAUGGACAGAGCAUUCCACGGCCUCAUUGGAGGACAUUGCUUCGUUUAUAUCGAUGACAUAGUCAUAUUUGGAAACACAAUUCAAGAGCACUAUAAUAACCUUGGAUUGGUUCUACAACGUAUCACUGACUUAGGACUAAAAUUAGAGUCUACAAAAUGUGAAUAUUUGAAACCAGAAUUGGAAUAUUUGGGUCAUAUUAUCACAAAAAACGGGGAAGGGCAUCUGUGCCUGUUUAUAUCGAGAACUCUAAAUAAAGCGGAAAAGACCUAUACGACCAGCGAGAAAGAGUUGUUAGCCAUUGUAUGGGCCGUUAAGCGUUUAAGGCCAUACCUAUUAGGAAAGAAAUUCACUAUCCAAACUGACCACAAAGCAUUGAUUUGGCUACAUAACGUAAAAGAUCCUAGUUCCCGAUUUUUAAGAUCGAGACUAAGGCUUGAAGAACACGUAUACGAAAUAGAAUACGUGAAAGGAAAGGAAAACAAAGUAGCUGAUUGUUUAUCGCGACUAUUCCCCAUCCAGGAAAAAGACGUAGGACAAAUAUUUGCCGUAACCAAAGACUCUUUACGAGGAGCAAUGGAAAGUGCAGGAAUAUCAAACGAAAAAGUAGAAGAAGAAAAUCUAGAAGAACUAUUACCGGAAAUAGAAAUAUUCGAUACACCAGUUAUUAGAGAAGAUAGAAUACUACAAGAAAAAGAGAAAAUAAAAUUACCACAAAAAAGAAUGAGAGAGCCCUCACCUGAAACAGACAUAGGAGGGGAAAGGGAACCAAAAAGACAAUCUGAUUCAGAAAAUUUGUACACUGACUUUAUGCAAUGGCGAUUAAAUCCCAUUCCAGGAAAAAUCAAGAUAAAACCAAACGCAAUAGGAAAAUUAUGGACAACAUUAAAAAAGGAAGACUUGCCGAAAUUUAUUGAAGAACAAUGGUUAAGAAAAUUAGGCCAACUUAUUGAAGAAAUAUUGAGUAAAAACCUAACCAUUAUUCGCAUUUGUAUAGGAGAUCCUUUAAUUUCCCCUAUGGAAAAAGAAUCACUCCAAGAAAUGUUAGAAUUUCUAUCAACAUACUACCGAGAAAACUCAUUCUCACUGUGCUUCGUCAACACAAGAGAAUUGUCAAAGGAAGAACAAGAAGCAAUUGUGAAAGAAGCACACGCAACUCACAUGGGCGAACAAAACACUUUAGAAAAGGCACAAAAAUUAGGACAUUGGACUAAUAUGGAAAACGAUAUUUAA